UCUCUCUAUCUCUCUCUUUUCACCUCUCAAUUUGCCUUUUACGCCAUUAGUUGUUGGAUUCUGAAGAGAAAGUUUGAGAGCCUCUCUACAUUUACUCUUGUUUCUCAUCAGGUUAAGCUGGCUUGGUGUCCAAAACAGCUAAAAAGCAAAGGCCUUUUUACUAUAUUUUGCAUUUCUGAAAAAUGGGGCUGAGGGGACCUGGCAAGAACAGUGGCUUGAACAGAGAGAAUCCAGAUAUUUUGAUUGUGAUGAUUGCAGAGAAGCAGAUAAUGAGAGGUGGUGAGGAGGACAAAAGAGAUCAGAAUGAGAGGGAAAGAGAUGGGCCCUCUAAAGCCUGCAGAGGAAAUGAGUGGCACUCUGCCACUGCACCAUGGAGUGGGUGAUAGCUCCUCCUCUGCAAGUAGGUGGCAGGCUAAGAUCGAUCUGUAUUGGUCGUCAGUUCAUCUUAUCAGAAGGAGUGGCCUGAUAUUAUAUUCAUCUCCCCUGUUUUUUGUUAAACUAAAUUUCCCAGAGUGUCAAAAGCUGCUGUUUAUGCUCAAUGCUAACUGAUAUUUGUUGUCUCCUUUUAUGAUGGACAAUCAAAUGUAUAAUGUCCCGACGGACUUGACCGCCCGAAAUUCGGUUGUCAUGGAUGGGAUUGUACCACAUACAACGAUGAACUCACUUGUUCAAUCCUAUUCAUUUGAUCUUAAUCACCAAAACCAUGGCAUGGCUUUAGUUCCAGUGCUUUCAUCCUUUCCAGGAGAACCUGUCAUGCAUUCUCAUUCUGAGUUUAAUGGCACAAACGGUGCCGGCAUUGUUGAAUCAAAUCCAUUUGUUACAUCCCAAAGAAGGCAUAAUGUGAGAGACUCCUCAUUCAUCAGUUCAAGUUUCACUGAUAAUACUGUGUUCCAAGCAACACCUCAUUCUGCUGCUUCACUUGCUACCCUUUUAGCUGCAAGGGGUAGUCUUCAAGAAAAUCUCAACAACUUAGCAAUUUCAGGAACUCCGGUCAGUUCUUCAGAAGCUUACGUUUCAAAUGACUGCUCUAACAACUCUAAUUCUCUGUUUGCAACCUCUGUGAAUUGUGGAUAUGAUGAAAUACUUGGUAGUAUAAGUAGUCAGUGGGAGAUCAACAAGUACGCAGCUCCUUCGGAACUUGGUGAGAGAACUUCAGUAAGAACAGGGUUUCAACCAUAUUCACCCACAGGAAAUCUGGAUCCAAAUGGAUGGUUAUCAUCAAAUGGUGAAAAUGCAAUGACAUAUCAUUCUUACAGUUCCUGUAAAUUCAGCAACGAGCUCGCUCUAACUCUUGCCACAUCCAGCCCUUCUAUCGCUGGUGGGGUGGAUAUCCGAAAUCAGUGUUCAGACAUUGGUUCUUCUGGGAUGGCUCACCCUUCUUUGAAUCAAACAAGGUUUGGCUCAUCGGAGCGAAAUUCUUGCAACAGUGAGGAGCUUUCUCUAAGUUUUGGUUCCUGCAAACCUCCUCAACUAUCCCAAGUAAUAUGUGGAUCAAGAUAUCUUCAUGUGGUUCAGGAAAUACUUUUUGACAUUGCAAGCUACUCACUAGAAAAUCUAGACCAGUCGAGUUUUUCAUCUGCGAGGAUCGUGUCUGAGAACGCUGACAGUGACAGUAGAUUUGAGGUACAUAAGGAGCCUGCAUUGCAAAAACAGGAAAUCAAAACAAAGAAAUCCAAAUUGCUGACCCUAUUACAAAUGCUUGAUGACUGCUACAACCAAUGUGUAGAUGAGAUUCAUACAGUUGUAUCAGCGUUUCAUGCUGCUACCGAGACGGAUCCCCAUAUACAUGCUCGUUUUGCCCUUCAAACAAUCUCUGUACUGUAUAAAAAUCUGAGGGAAAGGAUUAGCACCCAUUUCCUUGCAAUGACUGCAAAUUCGAACCCUGCAUCCCCCACUGAGAGUGAAAGGUCUUUUGAAAUCCACAAGCAGUUGGCUCUGCAGCAUCUAAAAAAGAAAGAACAUCAAAUAUGGAGACCCCAGAGAGGCUUGCCUGAAAGAUCCGUCUCAGUUUUACGUGCAUGGAUGUUUCAAAACUUCCUUCAUCCGUACCCUAAAGAUGCAGAGAAGCAUGUCCUUGCAGUGAAAAGUGGAUUGACAAGAAACCAGGUAUCCAACUGGUUCAUCAACGCUCGUGUCCGGCUAUGGAAACCGAUGAUUGAGGAAAUGUACUCGGAGAUGAACAGACGAAAGACUCGUCAAAGUGACAACACUGAGAGAAACAAUAGAAGCCACCACCACAACAUAAGUAUUAACCAUCACAAAUUUGGUGUGAACUGAAGUACAUAGCGAAUGGAAAAUGGGGCAUAUUCCACAACAUUAAUGUUACAAUUGUAUAUAGUGGAAAUUAUUCAGGAGUAGGUUUCAGCGACCAUGCUCGUUGCCCCCAAGAAUGUUUUGCAAGCAAUAGUAGAAUCGUUGUGGAAAAAAAUGGCUAGAAAAUUAUUUAUUUUGGAA